AUGGCUUCGGAUCUUCUCCAGAAGCAGAUUGGCCAGCUCUUCGCGGUGGGGUUCCAUGGCUGCACCCCAAGUCCUGAAAUCAAAACUUUGAUCCGCGACUACCACGUUGGCGGCAUUGUUCUUUUCUCGCGCAACUUUGAUGAUGCAGUACAGCUUCAGGCCUUGACGCUAGCUUUACAACAUGAAGCCAAAUCAGCCGGGCAUGAGCGACCGCUGUUCAUCGGCAUUGACCAGGAGAAUGGGCUCGUCACCCGAAUUUCUCCCCCGAUCGCUGCACAAGUCCCUGGGCCUAUGGCCUUAGGCGCAACACACGACCCGGAGUGUGCCUACAGUGCGGGGAAAGCCACCGGGGAAACCUUGAGUUUCUUCGGCAUCAACAUGAACUAUGCACCGGUCGGGGACAUCAACUCAGAGCCUCUUAAUCCUGUUGUUGGUGUGCGCAGCCCUGGCGAUGAUCCUGAAUUCGUCGGACGCUUCGCGAGCGCGGCCGCGCGGGGUUUGCGGGAACAGAACAUCAUUCCCAGCAUCAAGCAUUUUCCGGGCCAUGGCGACACGGCUGUCGACUCGCAUUAUGGGCUGCCUGUCAUCCCGAAGACUAGAGAUCAGCUGGAGCGUUGUGAGCUGAUUCCAUUCCGGCGGGCUGUGGCCGAGGGAAUAGAGACGGUCAUGACUGCUCAUAUCUCGCUGCCUUGUAUCGAUCUGACUCGCCCUGCAACACUCUCACCGAAUGCCAUGGGUAUUCUGCGGAAGGAUAUGGGCUACGACGGCAUGAUUAUUACAGAUUGCUUGGAAAUGGAUGGUAUUCGGUCCACUUAUGGUACGGAAGAAGGCUCAGUGCUGGCCUUGCGCGCUGGCAGUGAUAGUAUUAUGAUUUGUCAUACCUACGAGGUGCAGAUUGCUUCAAUCAAGAGAGUCUGCGAAGCCGUGGAAUCCGGCACAAUUGAGCAAUCACGACUGGCGGAUGCUUGUCGCCAUGUUGCUACUGUGAAAGACAAGUUCUUAAAUUGGGAUACAGCACUGAGACAAAACAACCUUGGAGAGCUCAGUUUGCUCAACACAAAAAUUGCCGAGACAACCAUGGACAUAUACUCUCGGUCAACUACACUUGUUCGAGAUAAGUCCGGCACUCUUCCACUCUCAAAGACCUCGAUUAUCAUCUUCCUGUUUCCCGGAGAUAAGACCCCGGCAGGUGGUGCAGUCGAUGGGGAGGGAAUGGGGCGACAAGGGUCAUAUCAGUCCAGCCGAUAUCUAGAUGUUCUCCGACAACACAAUAACUCAAUUGCUGAGAUUCGAUACGGAAUAUCGGGUCUAACGCGGGAGCAAUGGCAGGUCAUCGAGGUUGCCGAUGCCGUCAUCUUCACAUCUCUCAAUGCGCGCGAAUCACCAUAUCAAGAAUCUCUUGGUCAUGAGCUUGCUGGGCGUAUCAGUAACUUGGUGCAUAUUGCCGCUUGCAAUCCUUAUGACUUCCUCGAUGACCCCAAGGUCAAAACAUACAUCACCACAUAUGAACCGACCAUCGAAGCAUUUUCCGUGGCUGCCGAUAUAAUGUUCGGCGCGUUGAUUCCGACUGGAGCCCUUCCAGUGGGACCUAGUGCUUUGACCAAGACUGCGGCGGUAGUUACACCGUUCGAUGCUGAGAAGGACUUGGAUGGCAUUCUCCACGUCUGGGCUGAGGCUUUACCGACCUACAAACUGCCUGAGGACAGUUUACGCUCUCUGAUAGUCCGUCCAUACGGCCACCAUUUCGUCGCUCGCCUUGGAUCAGAACUAGUAGGCUUCUGUCUGGCCUACACAAAUGCCGACGGUGAGCCAAACACCGUUCACAUCGCAGUCCUCGCAGUAUCACCAAGCUACCAACGCCAAGGUGUUGGAAUAGCUCUUUUGGAAGAGACUCGGGCGAAUGUCCGGGCCAAAUUCGGCAUAAACGGCGUGAAGCUAGGCAGCUCCUUCCCUCGCUUCUGGCCUGGAAUCCCUCGUGAGCUCCCAGAAACAGUCCAACACUUCUUCACCCACCGUGGCUUCCGACUUAGCCCACCUGAUGCUCGAUCGGUCGAUCUAUACCAAGAUAUCCGUAACUUCCAAUCACCAGAAAAGUACAUGACUCGUGCAAAAGAUCGAGGCUUCCGCUUUGCACCCUUAAAAGCUGGAGACUAUGAUGCCUGCCUGGUUGGCCAACGAAAGAACUUUUCUCAUAACUCCAGCUGGGUACAAGCCUACGUCACAUUACACCCCGACCAGUAUCCCGACAGCGUAAUGGUAGCAUUCGAUUCCGAAGACCAACAAGUCGGAUGGACGUUGAUGCUGGGACCAUCACCAGCACUGAAUCACGUCUGGGCAUUCCCGCAAAUUUGUGGACCGAAGACGGGACUUAUUGGCUGCGUUGGAGUUGAUAAUGCCCAUCGCAGCUCUGGUAUUGGACUGGCAUUGGUUUGCCAUGCCGUUGAGCAUAUGAAGCAGCGAGGUAUAGAGGGCGUCUUUGUAGACUGGGUUGCGUUGGAUGGGUGGUAUGAACAGGUUGGCUUUGAGGUUUGGCGGAGUUACCGACCCGGAGAGCUUUAG